AUGGGCCACAUUUACUCAGAUUGGGUCACCGGCAUAGCUGUGGUGCUGGCACUGCUACUGGGGUUGGUGCCCGAGGAAGAUGUAGUGACUGUUGACAAGAUGCCUGCAAUGGUCGAGACCAACGAAGUUCGGCUGCUGUCCCCAGCGAUGUACCUGGAACAGGAACGCGGUCCAGUUGGCCUCCAUGGCUGCGGCGGCCGACCCCCCUCCUCCCCACUCCCCCCGCUCGGGGAGCCUCCUCAGCCGGAGGAGGCGACAACAAAGCGGCGGCGGCGGCGGCGGCGGCAACGGCAGCGGCGGCUCCUCAACAUGGCAGCGCCGAGCGCGGCCACUUCCGGUAACCUCCGGGACGCACCACCGCGGCGGCGAGCGCGGGCGGGGGGGGAGCCCCGGCCCGGCCGCCGCCGCCCCCAGUCGCCCGGACCCCCUCUGGGCGUCUCCGCUGCCGGCUCUCCGCCUCGGAGCUCAGCCAGUGCCCGCUGGCGGUGGGGUCAGGGCCCCCGCGGGGGGGCUGGGGUGGGGCCCGGGGCGGGGAUGGGGCGCGGCGUCCCCCCCCGCGGGGGUGUGUGGUGCUGCGGUCCGUGGCUCAGGCAGCUGUAGCAGGGGGAGCUCAGGAGAGAAGAUGGAGGACGCCAGGGUCUGGCGCUGGCCCGCUGGGCACAGCUGGGCCGUCUCCCGUGAUUCAGACACGGUGUCCAGCACCGUCGCGUCCCUGUUAGACCCUCAGCGGAGGGCACCGGCCACAGCGGACACCCGGCUCUUCAAUCGCUCAUGCACAGCAUGGUCACCACCUCCAAAUUGGGGGAAGCCCUUUCGACUUCGAGUGUC